CUCUCCCUUCCCACUUUUAAAAAUUAGAGAGGACCCCAAAAGAGCUUUUGUUGGUAGGGAUUGUAUGUUCAAUAUUUACUGUAUUAAAACUUAAAACUGAGGCAUUCGCUACCACUACUGCUUCUCAUGAUUGUUUGAUGGGAUUUUAAUACUGUAUUACUUUUUGACAUAGGCUGGCAAAUAGUUUUGAUUUUCCAGACUGCUGAGGGGGACUUGGGAGACCCCCAGGGGUCCUUGGACCACCCUUUGAGAAACACUGCGCUAUGCCAAGGUGCAGAACUACUUCACUCAGUCAAGUGGGCUGUUUUUCUAUGAAGUCAAGUCUCAGUUCCUGGUGCCUCCAUGAGCCCCUUAAAGCGGAUGACCUCAAGCUGGCUCAGAAGUAAAGUUCGAGGGACCUGCUGAACCAAAAUAAACUUGGGUUACUCCCAAGCCUUUACCACUUCCCCUAGGUUUUGCGGCAAAUAUCAGAUUCAUAUUCAGAUCUUCAAGUUUCCAUGGGGGAAGCGUCAGUCCGUAUUCCAGAUCCCAGCACCACUUCCAUUUCCCCUUCCACAGAAGAAUAUGCAGGCAUGUUUGGCUUUGAGCUGGGUUUUGAUGGACUAUCAAGAGCUUCUGGUGCUUGGUUCUCAGAAAAACUCAACACAGUGUACUGUCGCCGAUGCAUCGCCUUCCCAGUCCUCAUGCAUGUGUCCCAUCCACUGCCUUCUGGCUCCAUCAUCCGUGCCAUGGCUGUGUUCAGGCACCCCAAGGAUGCAGCAGAGGUAGUGAGAUGCUGCCCACUUCAUGAGCAACUGCUAAGAGACAGAGGUGAUGUGGCCCAUCCGGAGCACCUAAUCCAGGUGGAAUGGAAUAACCGAGCCCAGUAUUUUUCUGACUCAGAGACCAAGCGAUGCAGUGUUACUGUUCCUUUUCAGGAGUCCCGUAAAAGCAGCGUUGUUUGGUACAAGUACAUGUGUUCUACAAGCUGUUUUGUUGGCGUGAACCGGCGUCCCAUUUCAACCACCAUCACCCUGGAGUCUCCACAAGGAUUGAUUUUUGGACGACGGUGCUUUGAAGUUGAAAUAUAUCGGAGAGGUGAGUCGCCUAGCCCAAGAAUCUGGAGACCUAGUAUUCCUAGACUGGAAGAAAAGAUACAUCACUUGGACCUGGAAGGGUUGCUAGAAGAUUUGGAAAAGCAGGGUAGGUAA